AUGCCGGACUUCAAGGCUCUCACCGCCCCGAAGCUCGCUGCCCGCUCUAAAGCCAUUUCUCUCGCGCCCGCUGCUUCCGCCUCCCAUGCUCCAUACUUAAAGGUGAGCGCGAUAGAGAUUGUGCGGCGCAUUGGUGCAGGCGAGUGGACGGCCUCGCAGGUGGUGGAAGCGUAUAUCGCACGGGCGGCGGUGGCACAGGGGGCCACAAAUUGCGCCACAGAGAUUCUCUUCGAGGAUGCGGUGGCGGAGGCUAAAGCGCUUGAUGAUGAGUUUGCGAAAACGGGGAAGCUGAGGGGUGUGCUGCAUGGUGUGCCGAUGAGCAUGAAGGACCAAUUCGAUAUCAGGGGGUACGACUCUUCGAUGGGGUACAGCAAGCUGCUCAAUAAGCCUGCCGCGACCGAUUCCGACGUUACCGCUGUCCUACGCGCUGCGGGUGCCAUCCCAAUAAUCAAAACGAACGUCCCACAAACACUGUUCACGCUCGAAUGCGGGAACCCCGUCUGGGGCGCGACCAACAACCCUUACCACGCAUUCUACUCUUCCGGCGGGUCAUCCGGCGGCGAGGCUGCGCUGCUGGCCAUGGAUGGCUCAGCAUUUGGUGUCGGGUCUGACAUUGGCGGCUCGCUCCGAGUACCGACCGCCUCCUGCGGGACAUACUCAUUGAAGCCGUCGAUGCAGCGCGUGUCAUAUGUUGGCGCGGUUGACCCGUGCCCCGGCCUCGACGGCAUUAUCUCGGUGGCUGGCCCAAUGGCGCGCACCGUCGAGGACCUCGAGGUAUUCGCGAAACUGCUCUUGGGUGUCCCGGGCCGCAGCCAUCUCGUCGCGCCGAUCCCUUAUCGGGAGCCUAAGUUGCCGGAGAGGUUGCGAUUCGGCUACUAUACGGACUACUACGUUAAAGCGAGCCCGGCGACGAAACGCGCGGUCCAAGAGACUGUGGCGGCACUGAGGAAGCAGGGGCAUGAGUGCGUUGAGAUUGAGAUUCCCACGCCGGAGACGGCUCUGAACAUCUACUUCGCACUAUGCGGUGGCGACGGGUACCGCACGCUGUUCGCCGGACCGGGGAGCGACCCCAUCGACGACGCGAUGAAGCCAAUUGCGUCCAUGCCACGGCUGCCGAUGUUCAUCCGUAACAUGAUCGUCUGGGCCGCAAACAACGUGUUCAAGGACCCGCAGCUCGGCCGCCUCCUCAAGGCGAACGGCGAGAAGUCUGUCGAGGAGCUGUUCAAGUGGACUGCCAUCCGGGACGACUACGUGACAAAGUUCUACGCUGAGAUCUGGAACAAACACAACUUGGACGGCAUCAUCGCGCCGAUGCUUGCGACACCGCACAUCCCGCUCGGCUCAUGGGCCGGCGUCUUCCAAAUAGUCUCGGCCACGGCGCUGUACAACGUCGUGAACUCGCCCGUCGGCGUACUCCCCGUCACGCGCAUCGACCCCGCGCUCGAUGCCCUCACGCCAGAGUGGACGUCUCCCCCCAAAGACAUGCCCCUGACAACGGUGUACAAGGCGCUCUACCUCGGCGGGUCCCCGCUCGCGCCGGCGCACCACGCGAAAAGCCCCGCGUACAAUGCGGAGAAGAUGGCCGGCAUGCCCGUCGCGGUGCAGGUCGUCGGCCGGAAGUGGGAGGACGAGAAGGUGCUCGCGAUGAUGAAGGUCGUGGACGGCGCGCUCGGCCCGCGCGGCUUCGGCCCGGGGAGCUUCAGUGCGGAGACCAAGGCCGCGUAA